AGGACGCCAGACAGGAAUUUUCCAUGCUCUGGCGCGUUCGACUCGCCACGAACAUUUGUGUCUUUUAAAAACGAUAUCAUUCUCUUGGAUCCAUCUUCCAGGCCAAUGGAAUCUGACCAAUGAUUUCCUGUCAACUACGAAAAUUCAAAUCGUCUUUUGGAUGAACUAAUGGAUAUGGAAAUUCGCGAUCAGAACUCUUAAAUUAUCAAUAGGGACGAAAGACGUAGAAAUUACGCGAACAUUUCAACGUGAAAAAUGAUUUUAGCGGAUGGGACACUAGCCAUUUACAUUGCCGCUGGCUUAGCUGGAUUUCUCGUACUACUGUGGUGUUGUGCUUUAUGCGUUUGCAAGGGCCCUUGUCGGUCACUCAACGAACCAGUGAAAUCACCUUUCGAAAUGCAUAUGGACCCUGCGUCCAGAGACACCGCAUUACGAAACAAGUAUGAAGCGUAUCAUUAUCAUCUGAUGACACCAAAAACCCCAACUCAACAGCACCAAGUUAAGUUGCCUAUACAAUUGGUUCCCACACCAAUUUCACAGGGAAGUGGAUCACCGAUUGCAUUUGACUUCGGAGCUGUCUUGAAGAUGCAGGCUGCGGACAAGGCGAACGCUAAAACAAGGGAUAGUCAAGUCAGGGAUCCGCUGAUAGAUAAAGAACAAGGAGAUUCAUCGUCUGAUUCAAACAACGAGAACGUCGAACUCAAGAAAUUGAACACCAUUACGGUGGAUGUACAAAGCACAGACGACAAAAAAUCGGACAAGCCUCUAAUACAGGAGGAAAACAACCUUUGAGAUUUUAUUAACUAACCGUGAAGAAAUCAUGAACAGUUUCUUCGGUGCUUGUGGUUGAGAAAGUUGUCAUCAUAGACGAAAAGAAAAGUUUGCUGAAAAAGUGUGAUCCAUUGGAGAAACAAUUCAAUUGACAAUGCUAGCUAUUGAUAUUGUUUUACUUAUUCUUCGUUGACGUUAUCUCGUCCGUGACAAGUAUCAAUGUUUUAGCGGCUUCGUGCUUGUCAUACAGAGAACCCCCAGUUUGAGCGGACAGAUCUAUUCUAAUUCGGUCUAAGAAAUUACUCAAGAAAUCCUCUUUAAAUAUUCAUGUUUCUGCUUAUUUAAAUGUGAGGUAUAUAUAAGUGUCUGAUGUGUGAUCAUAAUAAUGAUAAAAAAGAAAAUUGUCGCUACAAAUUUUACGAGCAUGGUGCGAUAUACUGCUUUUAAAUGCGAUCCUUGUCAUUUUUCUCUCUUAUUUUUCGAUCUUGAUCACUGUACAGUGAAAAUCGUCUGGAACCCUUGAAAGAUUGGAUUCGCUAAUUUUUUACCGCCAAAUUGAUUUUUUUUUUUAAGUUAAUGCGCUAAUUAUCAUAGUUUACAUUUUGCACCCUCUAAACAUGGACUGGUAAAUGAUGGAAGACUUACUCUUAUUUAAGUAAAAAUAACAAAACACUUAAAACUCUUUCGCGAAUUUUAUCACUGGGAAAGAGUCGAAUACUUUAUCAAGAUUAGACUCUUUAGACAUGCAAUAUUGCACACAGUUAUGACUGUCCUCCAAAUAUCAUAAUUUCCAAGAUGUGCGUCAAAAAACACGGAAGUAUUCAGCUCCCAAGGACAGCAUUCAAGAUUCUUAAAUGAUGACUACUGCUUGUCUUAAAAAUGUAACUGAAAUGCAAUCUCUAAUCAAACUGACUGUAGUACCACGCAAAUAAAUCACUAAGAAAGUA